CUCGAGGCAUCGUUCUCCUUUGACGACCUGUCGAUCCCUGCUUUCAAUCCCUCGCUCUGCUCGCAUUCGCCAUUCACAGCUCGCCCUCUUGAAUAAUUCGACCAUACACAUCGUAUGCAGUCAAGCAAGUAACAAAGCCAACGACUAGUAGUUUGCCGCGCUUGCGACGAGGAUGCCGGCGCCGGGAGCCCGGCGCCAGGAGAUCAGCAUCGAUGGUAUAGCGGAGCGAGUACGAUGGCUGCCUAGCACGCCACCUGGGCCUGCGGACCUGGACGGCCGGCUCACAAACCAUGCACUGGUGGUGUGGGGCAGUCAAGACAGCCAGGAGGAGAACUUCCUGGUGGUGCACGACCUGGUGGUCACCAGCCGCGGCAGCUCCGUGCUGCGGGUGGAGGAGGAGGUGGUCACGGCCUUCGCGCACCGCGGCAAGAUGACCGACCUGCACGUGUGCGAGCAGGGCGGCGGCUUUGUGACUGUGCUGUUCGGCACCACCGAGGGCGGCCUGCACCUGCUGCGGCUGCUGGUGCCGCGCACCCCCGGCGCCGGCCCAGGUGACCUGCAGCUGCUGGAGCCGCCGGCAGCCUGGCCGGGCGCCGGCGGGGCGGCAGGCGGCGGCGGCGGCGGGGGAGCAGGGGGAGGGGGAGGGGGAGCAGGGGGCGGCGGCGAGGGUGGCGGCGAGGCGCUGGCGGCGUGGCUGCGGCCGCACCGCGGCGCCGUGGCGGCUGUGGACAUGCAGCAGGACACCAAGGCCGUGCUGAGCGCCGGCGCCGACGGCUCCCUCUUCGUGCUGGACCUGGAUCAGGUGGCGGCGGCCUGCAGCAGCGGCAUAACCGCUGCAACCGCCGCAGGUAACAACGCCGACGAUGACGAUGACGACAUGGCGGUGGACGGUAUGGACACAGGCGACCGCGGCGGGCGGGGCGGCGGCGGCGGCGGCGGCGGCCUGGGAGGCGGCGUGCCUCCGGGCGUGUUGCCGUACAAGGCCGGCAGCGGCUGCGUGGGCUACACGUGCGCGCGCUGGGUGGACCGCAGCCUGUUCGUCACGAGCCGCACGGUGGGCGGACUGGAGGUGUGGGACGUGCGCUGCCCGCCCACCCCCGUCAGCCGCUCUGCGCCCGAGUGGGGAGCCACCGGGCUGGGGCCCGCCGACAGGGGCUGCCACCGCGCCAUCUACAGCCUGCAGGUGCACCCCUCCCGCCCGGACGUAUGCGCCAGCGGUGGCGCCGGCGGCAGCGUGGCGCUGUGGGACCUGCGGUCCUCCACACGGCCGCUGGGGCUCACGCCCCUUGACGCCAACGCCGGCCCGGUGUGGGAGGUGCGGUUUGACACGCGCGAGGGCGUGGCGUACGGCAAUGAGCCGGCGGCGCCGACCGGCGGCUCGGCGGCGCCGCUGCCGGCCGUACUGUACUGCACAGAGGAUGGUGCUCUGUGCCGCGUGUCGUCGGCUGGUGCCAGCGCGGACGCCGCCGCGGCGGCGGCGGCGGGCGUGGGGGUUUGGGGCUCGGCGGAGGGCCGGCACUCGGUGGCGGGCUGGGGCGGGGUUGGGGGUGGAGGCGCAGGGUCGCGGCGUGGCGGGCCGCAGGUGCUUGCGCAGCUGCCGGUGGCGGUCAACUCGUUUGACGUAGGCGGGCCGUUUGGCGCAGACGUGGUGGCGGUGACGGACCGCCAGACGCUCAUGUACAUGCAGUCGGCGUGAGGGUGGGUGAUGGGCUGCGUGCCGGUGGGACAGGCAAGGAGGCCUUGAAGUGGACUGUGUACAGGCUAGGCGUGUGAGAGCAGGGGCCGAGUGGGGGUUCCGGCGUGGAGUCUGGCAUGAGAAUGCGGCAUCGCGCCAGCAUACUGGAUUGUGAAUGGUCGAUUGCAAAGAUCAUCUGUUUUG